AUGUUAAGAAAUAUUAAACUACAUUCCUUAUCAAGAUCAAUUUUAUUUGGAAAUCGUUGGUGUACCACAUUAACAGAUAUUGAUAAAAAUGUAGAAAUAAAAAAAACAGUAUUUCUUCCAAAAACUACAUAUCAAAAAGGCAUUAAAUCGGAAUUAAGAUCAUCUUUAGACAAUCAGAUUUUUGAAGCUGGUAAAUUUAAUGAUUAUUAUUUUUGGCAGAAAGAUGAUCCAUCACGUAAAGAAUUACCAACUUUUUGCCUUUUGGAUGGACCACCUUAUGCUAAUGGUAAAGCUCAUGUUGGUCAUGCUGUUAACAAAAUCUUAAAGGAUUUUAUUGUUAAAAGUAAAGCUCUUUUAGGGCAUCGAGUAACUCAUGUACCAGGAUGGGAUUGUCAUGGUUUACCUAUUGAAUUAAAAAUUCAAAAAAAUAUAAAUACUAGUGAUCCUUUAGAAAUAAGAAAAAAUGCUCGAGAAGUUGCUAACAUAGCAAUAGAAGAACAGAAAUAUUCUUUUAUAAGAUGGGGAGUAUCUGGAGAUUUUUCUUCACCUUACAAAACAAUGGAUCCAUCUUAUGUAGGAAAUGAAUUAAAAAUUUUAGCCAAACUUUAUGAUAAAGGAAUUGUUAAAAGGUACUGUAAACCUGUAUAUUUUUCUCCAUCAUCAGGAACAGCAUUAGCUGAGGCAGAGUUAGAAUACAAUGAAAAUCAUAUAAGUAAAGCAGUUUUUUAUCGCUUCCAAAUAAUUAAUUGGGAAGAAAUAGUAAAAAGAGAAGAAAUGAAAAAAAGUUUUCAUGUCUAUGGUUUGGUAUGGACAACAACCCCAUGGACAUUACCUUUAAAUAAUGCUUUAGCGUUUUCAAAAAAUUUAGAAUAUAUUUUAAUUGAACCUUUGGGAUAUGAUAAGAAGAGUAAUCCAUUUACAGCAUUAUAUAUAAUAGCAAAAUCUUUAUUAAAUGAUGUUUCAAAGGCCUUUGGUGAUCGUGAAAUAAAAGUACACAAAACAAUAACAUCUGAAACAUUAUCUAAAUUAUAUUAUAAAUCAUGUUCUUUUACAUCAUUGGGAUUACCAUUUUUAGAGGCAUCAUAUGUUAAAGAUACCAUGGGAACUGGUUUAGUUCAUACUUCAUUUGCACAUGGAUUUAAUGAUUUUAUGUUAGCUAAAAAAAAUGGAUUAGAUGUUGAAUGUUUUGUUGAUGAUAAAGGAUGUUAUACAAGAGAUCUUGGUUAUGAUUUUGAGGGUAAAAAUGUUUUGAUUGAAGGUUAUGAAACUGUAUUAAAAAAAUAUGAAAAUGAUAUUGUUUAUCAAUAUGACUAUAAACAUUCUUAUCCAUAUGACUGGAGAAGUAAGAAACCUGUCAUUAUUAAAACAUCAUCACAAUGGUUUAUUGAUGUUGAAGAUGUUUCUAAGGAAGCUAUUAAAAAAAUAAAUGAUAAAGAGGUUGAAGUUAAUUGUUCUGGAAAUGAUUUAAGUUCAUCUUUAGUAGGAAUUUUAAAAGGUAGACCUUCUUGGUGUAUUUCUAGACAAAGACAUUGGGGUGUUCCAAUACCUUCAAUAAAAAUUAAUGGAACAGAUGAUUUUAUAACUUCUAGAGAAUUAAUUGAAAGAGUUGGAGAACUUAUUGAGGAAAAUAAUGAUAUAGAUAUUUGGUGGAAAAUGGAUAUAAAAGAUAUUAUGACUCCUAAAAUUUUAGAAAGUUUAGGAAUAAAAGAAGAUGAUGAACUUACAAAAGGUAAUGAUAUUUUAGAUGUAUGGUUUGAUUCAGGUGUUGCAUGGCAUAUGGUUAAUAAUAAAUUUAAUUUACCAAAAGCAGAUCUUGUAGUUGAAGGUUUAGAUCAAUUUAGAGGAUGGUUUCAAUCACUUCUUCUUACAUCAUUAGCAUAUAAUAAUGAGGUACCAUAUAAACAAAUACUUGUACAUGGAUUUGUUGUAGAUGAUCAAGGAAAAAAAAUGUCAAAAAGUUUAGGUAAUGUAAUUGAUCCCUCUUCUGUCAUUGAUGGUUCAUUAAAAAGAAAAGCACUUGGAGCAGAUGGAUUAAGGUUAUGGGUUGGAAUGUAUGGUAGUGAUAAAUAUUCAACUAUCAAAAUUGGUCCAUCAACAUUUGAAGUAUUAAAUAAAAAACUUGAUAUAUAUAGAAAUACAUUAAGAUUUAUUUUAGGAGCUUUAAAAAGUUAUAAAGAAGAAUAUAUGAAUGAUAUAAAAUUGAACAUAUUAGAUGAAAGAAUACUUUUUGAAUUAAAUCAUUAUCUAGAUACAGUUAAAAGUGCUUAUUCAGGAUAUGCUUUUGGUAAAGCACUUACAGCUUUUGAUUCAUUUAUUUCAAUUUUAUCAUCUAAUUAUAUUUCUCUAGCAAGAAAUAGAAUAUAUUGUUAUCCUGUUGGUUCUCCACUUCAUAAUGGUGCUAUUUAUACUUUAAAUAAAGUUGGAACAUCAAUAUGCCAUUCAAUUUCACCUAUUUUACCUCACUUUUCAACGGAAUUUUUUAUGUAUCAUCCAUCUUACUGUAACAUGGCAGAAAUUGGAUUAAGAACUUCUUUUGAUAAAUUAUAUGCCGAGGAAAAUAUUUUUAAAACACCAAAUUUAAAUCAAAUUAUUGAUACUGUAAAACAAGUUCAAAAAAUAUCUAAUUUAGUGGCAUUUGAAAAAAAGAUAGAUGUUACAAAAAAAUGUCUUAACAUAAAAUUACCAAUUCCUUCAACAGAAUAUUCAAUUCUCAACACUAUACCUUUAGAUCAACUUGAAGAAUUAUUUGGUGUAUCUCAAAUAUUAAUAGAAACUAAUUCAACUUUAGAUAAUUCAAUUGAAUGCAGUUUUGAAAAUCCAAAAAGUGCCAAGUAUUGCCCAAGGUGUCGUAGGUAUACUAAUAAUACAUUAAAUACAUUAUGUAGUUAUUGUCAAGAUGCUGUUAAUACUUUUUUAAUGUUACAAUAA